CGAGACUCAUUUCUCGGAAGUCGUUUGCAUUUCUUAAUCGAAAUAGACGCGGGCUCUGCUUCAGCACUGGAAAGACAUCGUAAUGGAUCUGCGUUGGAGAUUUUCUUCGAUAUUUCUUCGUACUUUGUUCCUGACAACGAUUGACAUUGUUCAUGGUUCAUCAACCAACAAUAUCCUGCUAAAUGACCUGAAUCAUUUCGACAUGAAUCGUCAUCACAAGAUCAAUCCUUAUGGUAAACAACUGGCGCAAGACUACAUCAAGAACACAUUAACUUCUUUAGGACUUCAUACUUGGACUGAACAGUUUAAGGAACCAGGGAAACCACAGAUCGGUACUAAUAUCGUGGGUGUGUUGCCCGGUAGGCAGUAUAAAAAAAGAUACGACAGGCUGAUUCUGAUUGGCGCACACUAUGACACUGUGCGCACUACAAAAGGCGUUGACGACAACGGCUCAGGCGUUGUUGCUAUGCUGCAAGUAGCAAGAAUACUGKCUAAAGMUUCAAGUGAGUUCAAUAUUUCUCAUGGUAGAUGCACUCGUGAAUAUUCUGUCAUGUUUGUCGCCUUUGACUUUGAAGAGUGGGAGGACAGCGCAUUACCAGGCUGCGCAUGCGAUAAACUAGGGUGUGGAAGCCGUGCUUUUGUGGCCAAUUCGAGUCAGUAUUGGAAUUUGUCCCCCGAUAUGUCUAUCGCUCGUUACGGUCAGCUUCAGGGUGCUAUUAUCAUGGACACUAUGAUGAACUACGACUCCAAUCCUAAUUCACAAAUCGUGCCCCUACAACUGAAUACGAUUUUCCCCCAGCAGUAUAAAAGUAUAACAGCAAACCAGAACAGGGGUGAUUUCUUAAUCGCUACGGGACGAUAUACAGACGAUAUGCAACUGCUUAACACCUUUAAUUACCAUUACGGCCGUGUCGAACUGGGUAACAAGUACAAGCUGCAAGUUUUCCCACUUCCUUUUGAUGGACCGGAAAGCAACCUUUCUGAAAAAAAAAAAAGUCGUAUACGCCCUUUCCUCAGAAGCGAUCACGUCAGUUUCUGGAACGAAAUUACAUCCAACAGAGCCAUCUUCUUGAGCGAUACGGCAAACAUGAGAAGCUACAUGACAAAAUGUUACCACAAAGCCUGUGAUACCUUGAGGCACGUGACCAACGAUAUCCUUGGAUUUUUGUCCAAGUCAUGUGACACUAUUGUCAAGACAACCAAUUCUUUAACGAUGAGCAAGUGUAGGGCAAAUCCACCGCAAACUGAAGAUGUGACGCCUGCAGUAGCGGGAGUAAUAGGUGUGGCUAGUACCAUGUUUGCUUUUGUUAAUGGCUUCGCAUUAUGGGUUUGCUGUGGAAAGCGAAAACAGGAUGAUCAAGCUAAUGUUCUGGUUGAGAACGAUCAGCUUGAAGGGGGCAGGACUGACGUUACACCCCUAUCUGAAACUCGUGAGGACCAACCGUCUGAAGCCUGAAAGAACUUAGACAUAAAGGUUGUCGGCGGUGUUAUAGUCGUGCCUUGACACUCAAGAGAUGAACUUCAAAACUUCAAUUAAACUUCCGCUCAACUUCAAGACCUUCAAAUUGAAUCUAAUCCUGUAAACUAAAGUCAGGGCAUUGCUUCGAACCCUGAAAUGACGAAUGACGAAUUUACAGUUGUUCAGUUUGAUGUUAACUCAGACCGAUGAUCUUAUACGUAAUUCUGAUCACAACUUAAAGGUCUAGUUUUUGUGAAGUAAGUUUCGUGUUAGAACGGUUGUCGUAUAGAUUAGGUGGAAAACAAUACGACAAAUUGGUAGUUGUAUUGAAGCCUUACCGUAUCAUAGCGUAGCCGUGACUACGCGUCGUAAUCGGAUAAAUUAAUUUAAGACAUUGAGAGGCCAUUGCAAUGUUAUGGGAUGUUUUCAUUAGUACGAAAAGCACUCUAUUCUACUCGAAAUUGGUGAUUCCCACACGAAAAAACAUUAAUAACAUUAGUAUCUUUCGCGUUUAGACAUUCGUUGACAUUUGUUUGUUUACAAUUAGCUAACAUUGCAAAACAAACCGGCAUUUUAGGGGAUAGAGAUAGGAGAUCGGAUCGCGUGUUGCCAUUGGCUCCGACAUCUUUUUUUAAAUAGCAUAAUGUGCAAUAAGUUAUUACUGAUGUUUUUUACCGUAUAUGAACUUAAGUAAAGUAUAUACUUAAAACUA